GCACUGGUUGGACAACUAUCACCCUCACAGGUUUUGAGGGCCCUUCAGUCAUCAUGGCGGCGCCCGGUGGUACUCUGAAUUGUGAGGACUUUUUAAUGUUUCAGGAGGUCUUAAAAGCAAUGCGUACCUUCGAUGACAGGAUUGUCCACGCUCUCAACACCACCGUGCCCACGGUGUCCUUCUCAGGCAAAGUGGACGCCACGCAGACAUGCAAAGAGCUCUACGAGUCUCUGAUGGAGUCCCAUUUGAGUAGAGAUAAAGCAAUUAAGACGUGUAUCAGAGAAACUACAGAAGUUGUCGGGAGGUUACGUGAAGCGAGGGCGAAGGACAGCGACAACCUAUCAAUCAUCAAACAACUCAGGAAAGAACAGAACAAGUUAAAACUCAUGCAGUCUGAGCUGAAUGUUGAAGAAGUCAUCAAUGAUCGCAGUUUGAAGGUUUUCAACGAACGAUGUCGAAUCCACUACAUCCCCCCUAAGAUCGAUUAAACCGCCGUGCCCUGUGUAGAGAUGUACAGUAGACACUGAGAUGGCUGUGAAUCGCAACUGGAGUGAACUGGGAUGCCGCCACCGCUGUGUCCAAACUCUAUAAACCCCUCUCAUUCUCACUGCUGUGUUUCUACAGUAAUUUCAUACAGCCUGUUGUACAAACAAAUGGAUUUUUAUAAACAUUUUUUUUUUCCCCCCAGUCACCAACAUGUGUUUUAGUUCCAAUCUCUUUUUAUAGUUUACACUGCAACCUGAAUUACAGGUGAAACCAGGUGUGUUUGGGUGUGUAUUCUGGUGUGCAUCCAAGGAUAUGAAAUGGGGAAAAAAAAAACAUUUUCAGUUCAUUGACACCAGGUAACAGCUUAAGAAAAGAAGGUACUACAGUCCUGGUCAUAUUCUCUAGAGACCAACUUCCAGGAUUAAAGCUUUAACCGUAUCAUAAGUAAGGAAUAAAACACUUGAGGGCAUGCUGCUCUAGGAAAGCAAUCAGAGAUUGGGUGUGGUGAGAUGUGACACAACAUAAAGUCACAACCCAGAAGUUGAUCAUUUUGCAUAUUAUGACCGCACAUUCCUGAAGGGAUUUCUCCGUCUCAUACCAUAGUUAUUUUCCCAAUAAACAUGUCAUGCUUUUUUUAAAAUCAUUUUAUAAUUGCUUUUAAUGAAGUUGAGCUUCUGCCAAAAAAAAUACAGCAAAGUAUAAACCUCCCUGCCCUGUCACUCUAGUGUUAAAUAACCUUUACUGACUGGAUAUUUGUUGGAAAUUCAGAUGGACAGCCCACAGAAACCAAUAUAUUUGCAUAAGUUUCAUCUCCCGGAGGAAGAAAUGUGAAUGAAGUAUAUAUUUCUGCCAAUUUUUUUUAUAACAAGCUCUACAUUUUUCAAUACAAAUUUAAACACCA